AUGGCCGUUUUCCUGGCCCUCGUCAUCCCUCUUCCUCACACCAUUAAGCGCAAGCUCUUUGCGUUCAUCUCUGAGAGCCCCAUUAUCGCCAAGUUGCAGUAUGGACUAAAGAUCACAUUCAUCUUCAUCCUCAUCUUGUUCAUUGACUCCGUGAACCGCGUGUACCGUGUCCAGCAAGAGCUUGCCUCCUUCACCAAGGAAGGUCCCGGCAUGGGCGCCGCUCACCUCGGCACCGACCGCAUGGAGGUCCAGGCCCGCAAGUUCUACUCGCAGCGCAACAUGUACCUGUGUGGUUUCACUCUUUUCCUCUCCCUGAUUCUCAACCGCACCUACACCAUGAUCCUUGAGGUUCUCCGUCUCGAGGACCGCGUCCGUCUUCUCGACGGCGACAAGAAGGCUGGCGGCAAGGACUCUGCCCGCAUCGCCGAGGCUGGCUCCGUCGGCGAGAUUGGCCGUCUUAAGGAAGUCAUCGAGGCCAAGGACCGUGACAUCGAGACCCUCAAGAAGCAAUGCGAGGGCCUGACCCGCGAGUACCACAGCCUGGGAGACAAGGUUUCCUCCGAGAAGGGUGACUUGAACGAGAAGGGUGACAAGAAGGACCUGUAG